CGGGCGUCCCGCUGCAGAGAAACGCGGGAGAAUAACUUCCUGGGAACAAGUCCACCCGCUGGUGGGCACCGGGCGCUUCCCGGGUGAGGACUGGUGUCAUCCCAAACCUACUUAGAGUGGAAGGAAGGAAAGGAGGAUGGAGAAGGAGGACUUGGCGAACAGGAAGCGGGGCAACGAGGGCGCGGGAGCUCACGCCCGUCCGCCGCGGACACGUGACGCGGCCAAGAUGGCCGAUGGGGGAGACGGUUCCCCGGCCGGGCGGGAGCCAGGGCCGGGGCCGGGGCCGGAACCGGAGCCGGGAGAAGAGUUCGAGAUCGUGGACCGGAGCCAGGUGCCGGGCCCGGGCGAGCUGCGGAGCGCCGGGAGGAGGCGGGCGGCGGCAGAGGGCUGGUCGGGACCCAUCCUGACUCUGGCGCGCAGAGCUACCGGCAACCUGUCGGCGAGUUGCGGGAGCGCGCUGCGCGCGGCCGCGGGGCUGGGCGGUGCAGACGGCGGCGCGGAUGGCGCGGCGCACGCAGCUUCCAAGUGCCAGAUGAUGGAGGAGCGGGCCAAUUUGAUGCACAUGAUGAAACUCAGCAUUAAGGUCUUGCUCCAGUCCGCCCUGAGCCUGGGCCGCAGCCUAGAUGCUGAGCAUGCCCCCUUGCAGCAAUUCUUUGUGGUGAUGGAGCACUGCCUCAAACAUGGGCUGAAAGUUAAGAAGAGUUUUAUUGGCCAAAAUAAAUCUUUCUUUGGUCCUUUGGAACUGGUGGAGAAACUUUGCCCAGAAGCAUCAGAUAUCGCCACUAGCGUCAGAAAUCUGCCAGAAUUAAAGACAGCUGUGGGAAGGGGCAGAGCUUGGCUUUACCUCGCACUCAUGCAAAAGAAACUGGCAGAUUAUCUGAAAGUGCUGAUUGACAAUAAACAUCUCUUAAGUGAGUUCUAUGAACCCGAGGCACUGAUGAUGGAGGAAGAGGGGAUGGUGAUCGUUGGUCUGCUGGUGGGACUCAAUGUUCUAGAUGCCAACCUCUGCUUAAAAGGGGAAGACUUGGAUUCGCAGGUUGGAGUGAUCGAUUUUUCCCUCUACCUUAAGGAUGUGCAAGACCUGGAAGGAGGCAAAGAGCACGAAAGAAUUACUGAUGUCCUUGAUCAAAAAAAUUAUGUGGAAGAACUUAACCGGCACUUAAGCUGCACAGUUGGGGAUCUUCAAACCAAGAUAGACAGCUUGGAAAAGACUAAUUCAAAGCUUCAAGAAGAGCUUUCAGCUGCAACAGACCGGAUUUGUUCACUUCAAGAAGAACAGCAACAAUUAAGAGAACAAAAUGAAUUAAUUCGUGAAAGAAGUGAAAAGAGUGUAGAAAUAACAAAGCAGGAUACAAAAGUUGAGCUGGAGACUUACAAGCAAACUCGGCAAGGUCUGGAUGAGAUGUACAGCGACGUGUGGAAGCAGCUGAAGGAGGAGAAGAAAGUCCGCUUGGAACUAGAAAAAGAACUGGAGUUACAAAUCGGAAUGAAAACCGAAAUGGAAAUUGCGAUGAAGUUACUGGAAAAGGACACCCACGAGAAGCAGGACACUCUGGUUGCGCUCCGCCAGCAGCUGGAAGAAGUCAAAGCGAUUAAUCUGCAAAUGUUCCACAAAGUUCAGGAUGCAGAGAGCAGUUUACAGCAAAAGAAUGAAACCAUCACAUCUCUUGAAGAAAAAAUCAAUCAGGUUAUGUCCAGCAUGAAACAAAUGGAACAAAGGGUGCAGCACUCAGAGAGGGCGAGGCAGGGCGCUGAGGCACGGAGCCACGAGCUGCAGCGGGAGCUGGGCGGCAGGAGCCAUGAGCUUCAGCGGGAGCUGUCCCAGGCACAUGGGCACUGCUCAAGCCUAGAGAAAGAGCUGAAAUCUGAGAAAGAGCAAAGACAGGCCCUGCAGCGAGAACUGCAGCAUGAGAAAGACACCUCGUCCCUCCUCCGAACAGAGCUGCAGCAAGUGGAAGGAUUAAAAAAGGAGCUACGGGAGCUCCAGGACGAGAAGGCAGAGUUACAGAAGGUUUGUGACGAGCAGGAGCAAGCCCUCCAGGAAAUGGGACUGCAUCUCAGCCAGUCAAAGCUGAAGAUGGAAGACAUCAAGGAAGUCAAUAAGGCACUGAAGGGCCAUACUUGGCUGAAAGAUGAAGAAGCAACACAAUCACCACUGCAGAAACUGUGGCCACAUCUUCUGCAACACAUGUUCCAGCAAUGAGCUGGCUCUACCCUCCUACCCCAAGCCCGUGCGUGUUUGCGACAGUUGCCACACCCUGCUCCUGCAGCGCUGCUCCUCCACUGGCUCCUAGGGCCUUGGGACAGUGCCAGACUCUUCGGGGCUCAGGAUACUUGUUUCCCAAGAGAAUCAAAGGGAACAGUAAGGUCCUUGGCCUGCUGCUGGCACUCUGAAACACUGCAGGCCACCGGAGGUGUGCACCUUUCUUUCAGAGUCCUAAGGAAUCAGCUGGAGUGAUACGGCCUUCUCACUUGGCUACAUUACUGGUUUAGUGUCAAGUGUAACUUCGUGGUUUUGCUACCAUCAUUUUUCACUUUUCAAAGAAUUAACCUAUUGGGCAGCAGUCGUACUGGUGUAGUGAGUAAUCCAAUCCUCUCUGCCACUGCCCAGUGUGCCUUCCCUGCUCCAGAGUCAAGAUGUGCCAUUUCACACCCUCAUCAAGAUCUAUCAUUGGUCCUGCAAUAAAGUCAUUUUUCACUCUGGUGCA